GCGGUGCAGAGCUGGAAAUGGGGCACAGUGAGGCGGAGAGCAGACCCUAAGCGCGUCCUGCGUGGGAAGAGCCCCGGUGGUGCUGGAGGCGGAGGCCGAGGAGUGAAGUCAGGGCUGAGUAGGCGGAAGAGAGCCUGGGCUGAGGUGAGGGCCCCACAAGCGGGAGUUGAGAGAACAAACUGGCACCCGAGAGAGCGUUGAGACCGGAUACAUUUUCAAAAUGUCAGGCCGUUGCUUUUUGUCCGUUCUUGUUUUUUCUUUCGGGGGCACCUUCAGACCCUCCCACUGCUCCACCAAAUUGCAUUGCCUGGUUCUCUCGGGCCUAGGUGGUGCCCGAAAUUUUCUUUUUCCAGCCCCUGGACUCCUGCGCUUGUGGCUGCUGCUUAUAAUUAGAAAUGCCGUCACGCAAGUAAAGGUGCCUGGCCACUUAGUCAACUGCGCGAUAUUCUGUUACGACUCUUGUCUCCUUUUGUUUCAAAAAACCUUGAGUCUUGGUACAAUGUGUUUGUAUUAAGGGCAAAGAGAGUGGGAGGAGGGGAAGAAAACGCCUGGUCUUUGGUGCAACUAAGAAUGAAACGAUAUCUAAUUCUUCCAUUUCCUUAGCAGACAUGGCCACUUACCGCCCAGCAGGACACGUGCAACUGCCCCGAGCUGAUGCCAUUCGUUCUCGUCUCAUUGACACUUUCUCUCUCAUCGAGCAUCUGCAAGGCUUGAGCCAAGCUGUGCCACGGCACACUAUCCGAGAGAUACUUGACCCUUCCCAUCAGAAGAAACUUAUGUUGGUAGAUCAACACCAGCUUGUGCGCUUCUCUAUAAAGCCUCGUCAUGUAGAACGAAUUACACACAGCCAGAGACUGAUGAGUAGGUUUCAAGUACGCUGCAGUAAGAGACCACCUCUUUCUUUGUGGGCUGGGUGGGUCCUUGAGCGUCCUCUCUUCACAAACUUCAUCAUCUUCCUCAUCUUUUUGAAUACAAUUGUGCUGAUGGUUGAAAUAGAACUGCUCGAAUCCUCUAACACCAAACUGUGGCCAAUGAAGCUGACUCUGGAGGUGGCAGCUUGGUUCAUCUUAUUUAUUUUUAUCUUGGAGAUCCUGCUUAUGUGGCUAUACAGCUUUUUUCUCUUCUGGAAGAAUGCCUGGAAUGUCUUUGAUUUUGUUGUUACCAUAUUGUCCCUGCUUCCUGAGGUUGUGGUGCUGGUAGGGGUAACAAGGCAGUCUGUAUGGCUCCAGUUGCUGAGGAUCUGUCGGGUGCUAAGGUCUCUCAAACUCUUUACACGAUUCCCUCAAGUUCGAGUCAUUAUUUUGGCCCUGGCCAGGGCCCUCAAGAGCAUGACCUUCCUUUUGAUGUUGCUGAUGAUCUUCUUCUACAUUUUUGCUGUGACCGGUGUCUACUUCUUUGAGAAUUACACCCGUUCAACUCGCCCGGACCUGAAGUACCGCAUGUUCUUCUCGGACCUGCUGAAUUCCCUAGUAACAGUGUUCAUUCUCUUCACUAUGGAUCAUUGGUAUGCACUGCUUCAGGACACCUGGAAGGUGCCUGAAGUCAGCCGCACCUUCAGCAGCAUCUAUGUCAUCCUUUCGUUGUUACUUGGUUCCAUUAUCUUUCGAAACAUCAUAGUAGCCAUGAUGGUUACUAACUUUCAGGCUAUCAGGACCGACCUGAAUGAGGAGAUGACACACCUGGAGGUUCAGCACAAAGCCGACAUAUUCAAACGGCAGAUUAUCCAGAGGAGACAAAACCUGUCCCCUGAGGCACUGAGGUCAAGCCUUAGCAAAAUUGAUGCCAGAGAUACCAAUCAACAAGUGGAAUCUUUGGACUUAUCAGAAACAUUUAAAGUAGAAUCUGAAACCAGUGCCAUUGAAGAGGAUUCAGGAGCAUCUGAGUCAAAAACAAAAGAAUCUUUAUCAAAAAAGACAAAAUCUUCAUCUUCUUUAUAUUCUACCUCUUCCUUCUUUUCCUCUUCUUCUGAACCUGGAGGGUUGGACUCUAUUGGUCAGUUGGAUUGGGAGACUCAUGUGCACCAGAAUCUGCCUGGGCUAAUGGACAUGGACGAGGAAGAACGUGUUGUGUGGCCUAGAGAUUCACUCUUCCGAUAUUUUGAAUUGCUAGAAAAGCUUCAGUAUAACCUAGAGGAGCGUAAGCGCUUGCAAGAGUUUGCAGUGCAGGCACUGAUGAACUUUGAAGACAAGUAAAACCAAUGAUGGAUGGCUUUGGCAACAGAUAACGAAGGGAAUAGUUGGAAAUGGAGAAUUCAAAGUAUAAAUGUUUAAUAAAUACUACUGAUAAUUGCUCAGUGGCCUGUCUCUGAGACAUAGGGGAUACUGAAAGGUAUAAGAUUAGGUGAAAAAGUUAGUUUAAAUGCCAAUGGGGCCUGUGGUCCUUGGCUUUCUGCACUUUCCAUAGCUACUCAGACUACCUUUUUCUUUGACUUUGUAACUUCCUACCCCUCUUGCAAACUCUGCUUCCUGAUAGAGUCCUAACUUUACCCUCAACUUCCCUGGUGGGUACAGGCCUCUCUGGUUGGGAUUUGGGGAAAGGAGAUUCCCUAGAACUAUUGACGUAACUAAUGAGAACUAUUGUUUCCAUUAUCUAGAAAUAUUGCUUCUCCUGUGUACCAUUAAUUUUCUUAAAAUAGCUUUUAUAUUGCCCUAGUUGGUGUAUCUCAGUGGAUUGAGCACUGGCCUAUGAAGCAAAGGGUCACUGGUUUGAUUUCCAUUGAGGGCACAUGCCUGGGUUGCAGGCCAGGCCCCCAGUAGGGAGCAAGCCAGAGGCAACUACACAUUGAUGUUUCUCUCCCUCUCUUUCUCCCUCCCUUCCCCUAUCUCUCUAAAAAUCAAUAAAUAAAAUACUUUUUAAAUAGCUUUUGUAUUGUAUUUUUUGCAUUACCAUUUGUCCUUCUUAUAUCCUCUUUCACCUCUCCCCUCCCCACCACAAUCACCACACUACCGUCCAUGUCCAUGAGUUCUUUUUCUUUUUUGCUCAAUCAUGCCACCCAAUGCCCUCCCACCCCAGCCCAGAGCUGUCAUCCUCCUCUCCAUCUAUGAGUCUGUCUCUAUUUUGCUUAUUAGUUCAGUUUGUUCAUUAGAUUCCAUAUGUGAGUGAAAUCAUAUGGUAUUUGUCUUUCUCUGACUGACUUAUUUCACUUAGCAUAAUGUUCUCCAUAUCCAUCCACGCUGUUGCAAAGAAUAAAAUUUUCUUUUACAUGGCCAAGUAAUAUUUCAUUGUGUAAAUGUACCAUAGCUGUUUUAUCCAUUCAUCUACUGAUGGAUAAAUCAGU